CGGCUUCCGGAAGGAGAGGGCGGCGCUGGAGCAGCUGCAGGGACACCGGAACAUCGUGACUUUAUAUGGAGUCUUUACCAUCCACUUCUCUCCAAAUGUGCCAUCACGUUGUCUGUUGCUUGAACUCCUGGAUGUCAGUGUGUCGGAGCUGCUCAUGUAUUCCAGCCACCAGGGUUGCUCCAUGUGGAUGAUACAGCACUGUGCCAGAGACGUGCUGGAGGCCCUUGCUUUUCUUCACCAUGAGGGUUAUGUGCAUGCAGACCUCAAACCACGUAACAUACUGUGGAGUGCAGAGAAUGAAUGCUUUAAACUCAUCGACUUUGGACUCAGCUUCAAAGAAGGCAAUCAGGAUGUGAAGUAUAUUCAGACAGACGGGUAUCGGGCUCCGGAAGCAGAACUGCAAAAUUGCUUGGCCCAGGCUGGCCUGCAGAGUGACACAGAAUGUACCUCAGCUGUCGAUCUGUGGAGCCUAGGAAUCAUUUUACUGGAAAUGUUCUCAGGAAUGAAACUGAAACAUACAGUCAGAUCUCAGGAAUGGAAGGCAAACAGCUCUGCUGUCAUUGACCACAUAUUCGCCAGUAAAGCCGUGGUGAAUGCCGCGAUUCCAGCCUAUCACCUGAGAGACCUUAUCAAAAGCAUGCUUCACGACGACCCGGGCAGACGGAUCCCCGCUGAGAUGGCGCUGUGCAGCCCGUUCUUCAGCAUUCCGUUCGCCCCGCACAUCGAGGACCUGGUGAUGCUCCCCACCCCAGUGCUGAGGCUGCUCAACGUGCUGGACGGCGAUUAUCUCGAGAACGAGGAGGAGUAUGAAGAUGUCGUCGAGGACGUGAAGGAGGAGUGUCAGAAGUACGGGCCCGUGGUGUCGCUGCUCGUGCCGAAGGAGAACCCCGGCAGAGGGCAGGUCUUCGUGGAGUACGCAAAUGCCGGCGACUCCAAAGCUGCACAGAGGCUGCUGACGGGCCGGCUGUUCGACGGGAAGUUCGUGGUGGCCACCUUCUACCCGCUGAGCGCCUACAGGCGGGGCUACCUGUACCAGACCCUGCUCUGAGCCAGCUCCGGCGUCCUGCCCCGCCACUUCCCAGGGACGCUGCUCUACACGGACGACCUUGUACAGUUACUUCAUCCCGCGGACGCGCGGCAGCCGCUCAGGUCGGCGGCACUGCUCCCCAGUGUGGGACAGACGGCAGGUGUCCGUGCG